ACAGGACCUUUUGGAGGUCACUUCUGGGGCCUUUGCUGAGCAGGCCACUCCUUGCUUCUCCUGCAGAUAACAAGGUUUCCAGCAUGAUUAUUGCUAUGACCGAUGGAACAAUGAUGAAACAUCCAUUUUUGGACACUCUCAAAGAAAUAACAGCAAUGGCAGGCAGUCCGGACCAUGUGUUUGCAGUGGAGGAUGGCUUCAAGGCCCUGAGAAGCACUGUUGAUGCCCUCACGUCAGAGACCUGUCUUGAAGUGAUGUCGGUGGAGUCUUCCUCUGUGUGUGUAGGAGAAUCCUACCAUGUGAUUAUUCAUGGAAAUGGCUUUCAGAAUCUAAAGAAACAGGAUGAAGUUAUUUGCAGAUUUAUCUUCAAUGAAAGCACUAUCAUUGGGAGUACUUUAUUGAAGUCAGCUUGAACAACGGCAAAACAUUCUUCAAGAGCAAUGUCAGCGUCACCAGCACCACACGUG